GGUUCCUGAUCCUGGACACUUGGCCUUCCACGCAGCCCGCCAUGGCGCUGUGCCUGAAACAGGUGUUUUCCAAGGACAAGACUUUCCGGCCACGGAAGCGCUUUGAGCCGGGCACACAGCGCUUUGAACUGUACAAGAAGGCUCAGGCAUCACUCAAGUCCGGCCUGGACCUGCGCAGCGUGGUGCGGCUGCCACUGGGCGAGAACAUCGACGACUGGAUCGCCGUGCACGUGGUGGACUUCUUCAACCGCAUCAACCUCAUCUACGGCACCAUGGCCGAGCACUGCAGUGAGAGCAGCUGCCCUGUGAUGGCCGGAGGGCCGCGCUACGAGUACCGCUGGCAGGACGAGCGCCAGUACCGGCGGCCGGCCAAGCUCUCCGCGCCCCGCUAUAUGGCCCUGCUCAUGGACUGGAUCGAGAGCCUCAUCAACGACGAGGACGUCUUUCCCACCCGCGUCGGAGUGCCCUUCCCCAAGAACUUCCAGCAGGUCUGCACGAAGAUCCUGACUCGGCUCUUCCGUGUCUUCGUGCACGUUUACAUCCACCACUUUGACAGCAUCCUCAGCAUGGGGGCUGAGGCGCACGUCAACACCUGCUACAAACACUUCUACUACUUCAUCCGCGAGUUCAGCCUUGUGGACCAGCGGGAGCUGGAACCUCUGAAGGAGAUGACAGAGCGGAUCUGCCUCUGAGCCCAAGCAUGGAUGUUGCUGCCCGUCAAUGGACCGUCUGGGUGCAGAGUGAAGAUGAGGGACCCUCAGGAGUCUUAUGGCUGAGAAACCAGAAGGCUCUGAGCCCCCUUCACACACCCAAAAGCCCCUGGACUUCUGGUUCUCAGGAGUCAACCCGCUUGUUUCUCGAGUGCUUGUGAAUGGGAAAGGGAGAGCUUAAAGGUGGGCAG